AUGAGGAACACAAUGUACUGGGAAGAUAUAGAAUUUGACGUUGGUAUUCUAGAACCAGAGAACUAUAUCUCCUGAGUUCCACUUAACAGUACAGAAAUCAUGAUCUUUGGAGGCCAAAAGAAUAACUUGAAGUACGAUGACGUGUACAUCUACGAUGUUGACUUGAACAUCCUCAUAAAGGAUGAUGACUCUCCUCUAAAGCAAGCUGAUUUCUUUGAGAUGAGGAAUGUAAUCUUCACAGAUACUAAGAAAAAGUUCUUAAUAGCUGGAGCAUACUACAUCCAUGAGUUUGAUGGAACCUGAAGGAGAUGGAGACUUCUUGGCAAGUCCAUAUAUCAUAAGUAUAUGGGGUUACAUAAUCUAGAAACAGCUAAGAGCAGGCUCAAGUUUAAUACCUUAACCCCGACUCAUGACUUGUCGUUGAUGUAAGAGAUAGCGUGCAUGCAAGGUUUAAACCAGAGAAAACAUAAUUAAACCCGUCUGGGCAGAGCAAUGGGAUAUAAUAAUACACAUCGCUCGUUGCUUGUACCUUGGCCUGGAUGGUGUUGUUAUCUUGUUUCAUAAAAUUU